AUGCGGCUCGCGUCGGUGCUGCUGUGCGCCGCGUGCCUGUGCCUCGCGCUGCCCUUCCCGACGCUCGCGUGCGGACCGGGCCGCGGCUACGGACGCCGCAAGCACCCGAAGAAGCUCGCGCCGCUCGCCUACAAGCAGUUCAUACCGAACGUGGCGGAGAAGACGCUGGGCGCGAGCGGCCGCUACGAGGGCAAGAUCACGCGCAACUCGGAGCGCUUCAAGGAGCUCACACCCAACUACAACCCCGACAUCAUCUUCAAAGACGAAGAGAACACCGGGGCCGACCGCCUCAUGACCCAGAGAUGUAAAGACAAGCUGAACUCGUUGGCCAUCUCCGUGAUGAACCAGUGGCCGGGCGUGAAGCUGCGCGUGACCGAGGGAUGGGAUGAGGACGGCCAUCACUUCGAGGAGUCUCUGCAUUACGAGGGCCGGGCGGUGGACAUCACCACGUCCGACCGCGACAAGAGCAAGUACGGGACGCUGUCGCGGCUGGCGGUGGAGGCCGGCUUCGACUGGGUGUACUACGAAUCCAAGGCGCACAUCCACUGCUCUGUGAAAGCAGAGAACUCGGUGGCAGCGAAGUCGGGGGGCUGCUUCCCCGGCUCGGCUCUGGUCCGCCUGAAGGACGGAAGGACGAAGGAGGUGAAGGACCUGACGGCGGGGGACCAGGUGUUGGCGGCGGACGAAUCAGGGAACCUGGUCUACAGCGAGUUCAUCCUGUUCGUGGACCGCGCCGGCGCAACGAGACGGGCUUUCCGCGUCAUCGAGACCAAAAACCCGCCUCUGAGAAUCACGCUCACCGCCGCGCACCUGCUGUUCGUCCAGCAAAACGCCACCCUGAGGGAAGCGUACGCCAGCGACGUCAGGCCAGGACAGGAGAUCAUGAUCCUGGACGAAGGGGGGCGCCGUCUUCGCCCGGUCACGGUGGAUCGGGUUUACGACGAGGACCGUGACGGGUGGUUCGCCCCGCUCACGAGUCACGGUACCAUCGUGGUGGACGACGUCCUGGCCUCCUGUUACGCCGCCGUACAGAAUCAGAAGCUGGCGCAUUUAGCCUUCGCUCCUGUUCGGUUCGUCCAAAAGGUGGCGCCGUUUUUGUUCAGCUGGUCACGACAGGGCGAGGGCGUCCACUGGUACGCGGACUUCCUGUACCGGAUGGGGACGUGGAUUUUAGACAAAGACGCUUUUCAUCCGCUCAGCGUGGAGGACAGGAGCUGA